CAAUCUUCAUAACUCUCAACUGAAUUUUGAGUUAUGCUCCAUUUUAACUUGGAUUAUUUUUUUUUGGUUAAAAUUUUUGUCACUGCAAAGUAUAUUCAUAUUUGUAAUGCACUGAAAGAAAAUUAUCAUCUGAUAAAUCAGAUAUUUUUUAAAUUUUAAAGUCUACACCAGGAGAAACAUUCCUCAUUAAUCUGAUUUGAAUUUUGACAGAGCUAUGUCUCUUUUUGUUUUGGAUCUUUUUACUGGAUAAAGUUUAAUUCCUCCCUUGGCGCUCAGCAUUAAGAGGAUAGUGCUAGGGCUGGUCAGCCCGGUGUCAGUAUAAUGUGACUGGGUGGGAUAUCAUGCCACGUGUCUGCAGUGUGAUAUUCCAGAUAUUUUUAAGAGGAAUAUAUUUUGGAUACAUUCAUUGGUGUACCUGGCAUUGUUCAGUUGUAGCGGAGGGUUGUUCAAGAUCAAAUAGUCAAGGUUGGGUACAGCUUAGGGUAGCUUUGGUCCUUUUGCUGAUUCUUCUUAGUGUAGCAUAAGUAUACCAAAUAAGUUAGUAAACGAGCAUUUAUGUUAAAACCUUUUGUCAGUUUUGUGUUUGCCAGUUUGUAACACUGGCAUCUUUUUUAUGGUAGCAAAAAUAGUUGGAAAAUUGAAAUGUAUUAAGUUCCAAAACAUUUUCUAUUUUCAGUAUGUCGAGCUGUCUUAUUCUGUUUGAUAGUGAUGGAUGUACAGGGAUUGAAAAAACUUCAAAAAUUGAUAUAGAUGCAAGAAAGGGCGGACAUUAUGAGUAUAUGUACAGAGGGAAGUUACAUCUGGUAGAGGUGCUUGAAAUAAGUGAUGAUGUUAAUCACCUUGACACAUUUGAGAGGGCCUGGACAAAGACAUCAAGGGCAUCUGUGCUGUCAAUGCGCAAAGAACUUGCAAAUGGGAAAAAAGGUGGUUUCUUGUCCUGUCUGCCUGUGUCCAAAUCAAUGCUGCCUGUGAUAGAAUUACACAGAGAGGAUGCUCAGAUCAAGAAGUGCACUAAGGGCACCCGUUUAAAGGCCCCUUCUGUGAUUGUGAAAAACAUUGGUAAAAAAGUAUCUAAGUGUGUGAAAGCACUCUCGUCAAAGGUAUCUGGAAGGAAGUAUGUCUGCACAAACACAGGAAAGGACAGUCAGAGACCCAGUGUUGUCUUGACAUCAAAAAAGGCUGUAAACAUUACGACUGAAAAACGGAAGGCUAGUAGCAGUAUGACAAGUCCAGUGAAUCCAGUGAAGAGAAUGAAGAAAACCGCAUUAAAGAAUACAAAAACAACUGCAGGCCGACUCAAACAUGUACAGCCAAAGAGCAGACUGCCAGCAAGUGGUUACAAGAAGAAAGUUGGUUUGAAGGGUCGGGUGUUGAACGUUUUGUACGAAGGUGGUAUGGAGGAAGGGGAAGCUAAUGCCACUCCUCAGAGACAGCCUUACUCUACUGAACAUCUGACAACAGAUCAGGAACAGAAUUUGGAACUGCAAGUUACCCAGUAUGGCUAAAACUUAGAAAGUGUAGGGACACAAACAAAUCCAGUAAUAGUUCAUGAACGUGACAUGGAAAUAUCCGACUUUGAAAAAAAGAAAAAGGAGAUUGAAAUUUUACGUAUAGUAGAGCAAUUGAACAGAAGAUAAACAAUAGUGAUAGUGUAACCAAUGUAUCUGGCUUAGAUGCAGAUUGGUUUUAAAAUAUAGAGAGUGUUUCGGAUGUUACUAGUGUGCAGUCCUUAUCUGGCCAUAUUUCUAAUGACGUUCAAGUACUAGCUUCUUCAGGUCACAAUGUUUCACUCGUGUCAGAAUCACCAUAACAGCCUCUUCAGACACCCUCCAUAUCAAACAGCCCAGCUUUGAUGUCAGUCCCACCCCCACUAGCAGGUUCCAGUUUUAACCAGUCCAUGUUUUGGCAGCCACAUCAUCAAAGUGCAUUACCACAGUUUGCGCAGACAUAGAACAAUUUUGAGUCUCAAUCCACCCAUAUUGGAAGUGCAGUGAAGUCCUCGUCUGGCCAGAGUUCGUAUGAUGCUCAGGUGCUAGCUUCUUCAGGUCACAAUGUUUCACUUCUGUCAGAAUCACCAAAACAGCCUCUUCAGACAUCCUCCAUACCAAACAGCCCAGCUUUGAUGUCAGACCAACCAGCAGGUUCCAGUUUUAACCAGUCCAUGUUUUGGCAGCCACAUCAUCAAAGUGCAGUACCACAGUUUGCGCAGACACCGACGAAUUUUGAGUCUCAAUCCACCCAUAUUGGAAGUGCAGUGAAGUCCUCGUCUAGCCAGAGUUCAUAUGAUGUUCAGGUGCCAGCUUCUUCAGGUCACAAUGUUUCACUCCUGUCAGAAUCACCAAAACAGCCUCUUCAGACAUCCUCCAUAUCAAACAGCCCAGCUUUGAUGUCAGUCCCACCCCCACUAGCAGGUUCCAGUUUUAACCAGUCCAUGUUUUGGCAGCCACA